GACAAUCAGCUGAUUUUAGUUUUGUAAAUGUCAUUAAAAAUCGUGCUAAAGGUCAGGAUUGGUGACUAUAAUGACUAUAAUCGCAAAAAUGUGUAAUUAAACGAAAAAUACACUAUUAUAAUCUUAUCUCUAUGAAAUGAAAUAGAAAACAGCAAAUUCGACGAACGUUUGGGUAUUUAGUUAGUUAAUUGGUAGCUAUGAUACCAAAGAUAUUCUUCGUUCAGAGUGUGUUAUAAUUUAUAAAGUAACAAUGAAUACAUCCAACAUGUUUGAAAAAAGUGAAGCUUCUCAAUGGAACUCCACAAUACAUCAAAUACCUCUGGACCAUAUCAAGAUGGAUUCAAACUUUUUAAUGCUCUUAUUCUCCCUAAUUUUUGCAGUACUCUGGGUCAUCUACAUUACAUAUUAUAACUCCAGAAUUCUCGGCUAUAUUAUAACAAAAGUCUUGAACAAAUUUAUCGUUGAGGGGUAUUUCAAAGUCGGGUCACUUAGUGUGAAUGCUCUGUCCGGAAAAAUAAUGUUCCGUGAUUUUAUUUACAUUACUCAUGAUUACACUCUAAGGAUUCAGGAUGGUUACUUAAUUUUUCGAUGGUGGAGGGCCUAUGUACCUAGAGAUGUGAGUGAAGAUCUAUCCCAUUCAGAUACUAGACUAUCGGUAAUGUUGAAUGGCUUUGAAUUACAUGUUUACAAUAGAUCGGAUUUCUAUUCCAAAUUAGAAAAACUGUUUGGCUUAAGUUCUGACUUAUUCCCUGAUAACAACAAAGAUCCACCUAUCAAUGAAGAAACAGAAAGGAACGACAACGAAAUCCAAACCAGGAAACAGAAAACUAAAAAACAACGACCCGAGGCUGCGAUGGCGCGAACGUGGAGGGAUCUGAUCCCUGUCAUUAAGUGUGACGUCAUUUCUAGUCGGCUUGUGUUCGGUAACAGACUGGUGCCCACUACUCUAAGUAUUACAUUCGAAGAAAGUCAUUUUGUGUACUCAACCAAGCCCGCUGUAUGCACUUUGGACAGGUUUAUGCACUUCGUCAAGUGCAAGGCGGAGAACGUGAAGGUUAUGUUAGCUCCCAGCUUAAAAUAUACAGGUAUGCUGGACGAGCCUCCGCGCUAUAUGGGCGAGGGGUUUGUCCUGAUGUCGUCAAACGAUUUAGAAUUGUAUUUUUAUAUGGACGAGCCGGGUUUGGUACCUGAAGAACCCGUUUUGAUCACUCUAGCCAAUGGAGACAUAGUUGAAUCAACACCGCCUCAGUGGGGAGUGGAUAUUAAGUGUGGAAAAGGUACGAACUUUAGUUACGGUCCUUGGGCUGAUAGACAGAGGGAACAUCUAUAUAAAUUUUUCUAUCCACAAGACUACUUGCCAAUGGAGGUUACUAAAGCUCUGAAACCAGGGGUCAAAAGAGAGAUGCAAUCCUUUGAUGUGAGGCUUCUGAUGCAAAACGAUGCAACCAUUGACGUGCUGUUCACCAAGGACAAGGAAACCAAUGCCGUGCACAUAAACGUCGGUGCUGGGAGUUAUUUAGAGGUUACUAUACCGUGGGUAACUAAAGAGUCUGGUUUUACUACAAAAAUCAACGGGCAACUGUUACACUUGGAAGCGACUACGAGUUUACAAUUCAGGGACUUGGUAGAGAGCGAAACUCUGGAAUUUAGUAUCCUGUGCCAUUAUCCGUUGAUCUGGAACGACCAUCAACUCUGGGAAGUGAAUCUAACUGGUUGUAAAGCCACUGUUAAUUUGAUAUUCGCGCACAAAUGGUUCUUUACAGAUCUUAUCAACGAUUGGUCGUCCAAAGUUAGGCCGGAUUUGAUGCACUUUGUUCCAUACACGUGGAGAUUCGGAUUGACGUUAAAACACUGCGAAUUACUCACUAUGAUCAACCAGUACAACUGGAUAGAUUGUAGUAGUGCCGGUCAAAGAAACAGGCUGGAAAAUACACAGGUAGCGUUGUGCGCCCAUUUUCUACAUCUGUCAUUCGAUCUACCCUUUGACGAGUUUCUUCCCGAUACAGUACCGAUUAAUUUAGCUAUACAGGGUGAAAGUAUAGAUUUAAGCUUAUUCAUUCCGGAAUUUCAUACCAGUAGAAAUGUGAUUUCUUCCCUGGAAAAACACGCUAAAGUACUGUCAAAAGACGGGUCGAGUACUACAAAAAAAACCGAGAUUAUACCGAAGUGGAGAAAUAUAUGUCAGAAGUCUGCGGGUUGGGUUGAUUUUUGGUGGAUACCCAUAGGAGCGAUUAAUAUACUGUACGUUUACCAUCCAUGUCCGCCUUUAGGGCCUCAGCCUCAAGCCGAUAUCUCGACUCCAGUAAAAGAGGAAAUUUUAUUAUCUCCGAUGAGAUUCCCUCACCACAGAAAGAAACAUAAAAGAUCUUUGGAGAGGGGGCAGAAAUUCGAUCCAACCACUUUAAAGGCCGAUAUCGUCACCGUGGAGCUAGAAAUCGGUCCUUCGGUUCUGCUUUUGUACGGCACCGCCCUAAAGAAUUUCAUGAUAUUUAAGGAAAACGUUUUUGGCGAGGACCAAGUGUUUACCGAUAUGCAACAGGCCUCUUCCAACGAAAAUAACGGUACCGCAGACCUAAAAUCCGAGGAUAGUACUAAUAAUAUUCCUCUGGAAUUAAGGGACGAUUUCGAUCAUCGCUAUUACAGACCUCUCGAGGUGGACGUUUCCAUAGUGAUGCACGAUAUCCAGGCGCAUUUGUUGAAGGAUUGUACAGAAAAGGAUCCUCCUUGUCCCGUAAUCCUGGUCGAAAGAUUCGGUUUCGAAAUGAAAAAAAGGUACGAUCAAACCGAACUACAGUUGUUACUGAGUCCCGCCGUGCUUUUAGUGUCCGACAAUGUUGUCAGACCGUCCAAAGACCGACACUUAAGUCAAGGGAGACUGACUUUGUCUUCGUUACAGAUCAGGGGACACGCCAUGUUCUCGGACGUGGGACAAACUCUAGACCAGGAUACCAUAGAGUAUGCUUGGCUUGUUGAAAUUCAGCUAGGUAAAUUCUCCGGAAAACUAACCACUCCUCAACUCUAUUCGAUUUGUGCGAGUCUGGAAACACUUUUGUUACUCAUCAUGGAUGACGAAAACGAACUGAACUCUCCCAAAGACGACUUGAUUUUGAAUCAACCAAUAGUAAAAAAGAAAAACCCGUCUAAUUCACAAAACGUACAUGUACAGCAUGUUCAACAAGCGAUUCAACAUUUGCUUCAACCGAAAAAUAGCGGGACUAGUCUGAUGUCGCGAAAUUUGAAUACUAGUUCGAGCGCCACUAAAAACGAAUUAAAAAAUAAGAAAAAAGAUAUCGACGAUAAAAGUGUGAGAGGAUCGGUGAGAGUUCCGGCAACGUCGCAAGAAGAAACUACCAACAGUACAAACAACGCUGCCUCAACGUAUUCGGAACACACCCUUAAGUACAAAUUGGUCAGGGUUGCGAUCGACGCUGUAGAUUUUUGGCUGGUCGAGACGGGGGCAGCUUUGCAGUUAUGGUUGUCUCCGGUAAGGUUGGCAAGUUGUAAUUUGCACGGGAAACAAGUCAGUUCCGGACUGUCAUGCGUCAUUUACAGCAUGUCACUGAGACAGCUGGUCUGGCAUCCUCACAAAUACAAUCCAAACAAACCAAAUUCAUCAGAAUCUCAGGAUUUGUGGUUAGAAGUAGGCGCAAUAAAUUGUGGACCUCUAAUAAUUGAGUCGGCAAUAUCUAACGACAUUAAAGAACAGCAUCUGUAUCAAACUCAGCAGAAAUUCUUGAAAAUACACGACGAGAAAUUGAAAAAACUGUGGUUUUUGUGGCCCGAACUGAAUAAAACUUCGGGAAAUUGCGGAUGUACAGGGGGUUGCGCUUUUUUCGGCGGCAAUAGGAACGGACCCCGAUUUUUUAAGCCCAGCAAAAAGGAUUUGGACGAAGGUCUAAAUAUUGCGGCAUUUAGGAUAAAUGAACCGGGGAAAGAUCCAGGAUACGGCCAGAGUAUUCUACAUGAGAAUGCCCUAAUUUUUAGAACGCCCCCGUAUAUUUUGAAUGAAAUUACGUUGCAGGAUACGCUGAGCUACAAUAAGAGUGAAAAAAACAGUGACAGUCCUAGGUUAUGUUCACUGGACACUGAUAAUGAAAAUGUACAGUUUAUUAGUCCUAUAGGGACGAGUGAGAGGAAAAACAACCGAAGAUUUUCGUCUACUUCCAUGAAAAGCGCAUUAAUGAAGGAGGUGCCGUAUUCGAGACUUAUCGAUACGAGCCCUUCCAACCUGCCCACCAAGCUCGACAGCGAUUCGAAAUUACACUCGGACAAGACAAAAUUGAACGUCACGGAAACCUCCGACUUGCUGCCGAAGAAUAGUGCUUCGGAUUCCAAGUUGGCUGUGGAUUACUUUACGGCAAGCGAAAAUAAUACGAUUAAAAUCGACUUACUUAAAAAAAGCAGCGAAUUAACAAAAGGGGGUACGACUAAUGACGUGUCUGUUAUGUCAAAAAGUUUUAACGGAAGCGACAGCCAGUAUUCUUUAGGCGGUGAACUUUUUGAUGAGAGUUUACUUAAAGAGGUGCAAAGAACGACCUCAAUGUCGAGUGAAAACCAUUCGGAAGCAUUUUUUUCGGCCGACGAGGAUAUAAACUUGAAUUCGAGAAGUUCGAGUUUAAGAAAUUCUAUUUUAAGUGCCGGAGACGCUUUUACCAAGCAGGAAAGCAGUAGCGUCCCGCCGCAAAGGAAAAAAUUCUCCAGCGAGCUUAAUAUAGUGACGGAUAAAAAUCGGUCUACUCCGGUUGGUUCCGGUUCUGUACCGGAAACAGGGACGUUAAAACCUUCGAUGCACCGGAGCGAUCACGAGAUUCACACUCCCGAGCACAGAUCUUUCGUGAACCACCAACACAGAACAGUACAAGGACUGGUGACGCCAUUUCGACAGCCCUCCAAUCGAUCUGUCAGUCCUAGAAUCGUGUCCAAUAACGAAUCGAUUAAUUUCCAACUACAAAAGGAUGAAAUAAAUGACACUUACAAUGACACUUCGGACAGCGUCAGCGAUACCAGCUACGUAUCGGCGGUGGGAAGUCAGGAAGAUUUCACUUUGGUAGAUCUUCAUAUGCAGGUAAAUCGGUUUAUAAUCGAUUCUCCCAUGCUGAUGUCGAGUUACGUCACGCAUUUGAAUCAGCUGAGAUGCCAAAACUGGCAAAAUAAAAAUAAGGCGGAUCAGUUUUCAGCCCCGAUGUUCGAGCGAGAUCCUGAGGGGAAACUUGUCUAUGCUGGUGGAAGAUUUGUCCCUAAUAUGGAACUGGUUAACGACGGAAUUACGUCUUUGAAAAUGGUGUCCCGUUCCGAUUCGGGUGUCCAAAAUAAAACUCCCACUUCACCGUAUGUUUACAUUUGGGACAACGAGGAUAUUGAAAUUGAUUCAGGGUCGUUCCAAGAAGAAGAAUUACUAAUCGGCCAAAAUAAUGCGGGAUCUCGAACAAUAGUCAUCGUAAAACUCAAAGGCGAUCUCGAUAUCAUGAUCAGCCCCUUACUACUAGAGACGGUGCAACGAUUUAUCGAUUCCCUCACUCCUACCGUAUCGAAUCUUCAUCCGUUGACCGUAAUAAACCAUUUACAUUCCUCCUGCGUCUUUCAGGUAAAAUCGGCAAACAUGUUAAAAACUACGUCGAACGUUGCGAAAAUUUGCCAGCCGGCCGUAGAGGGCGGAACUAGUACUACCCUGUACGAGGAGACCGUGAAAAAACAAAUACAGGCUUCGAUAAUUUUGCCUAAAGUGAAUGUUACACUAUUGCAAGUCUCGAUCGUGGAAGAGAUUAUAUCAUUUUCGGCUCUGGAUAAUAUAAAAGAUUUAACUUGUGUGUCUCUUUUCUCUGUUUGUUUCGAUAAUAUAUCUAUCAAAUUUCAUUCAGAUCAUCAGACCAAAGAAAUUCUAGAAAAAUUUCUUAGGCCUUCCGUGGUGAGAACGAAAAAUAAAAGUGUGAAUCUAGCGAGAUUAUUACGUCUGCAGACUCACACGAAUUCCGAUGUGAUACAGGGCGAGCCAGUAUUUAUAGAGAGCUGUGAAAAUCAACAGUCGCAAUUGGUUGUUUGUUUGAACAUAGGAAAAGCUCACGCUCAAUUGAGACGUUUGAGAAACGAAAGUUCCAUUCUAAACGACGCCAUAAUUACAGCUAUCCCCCCGUACAAAUCCAAAGUAUCUUUUAUACCAACUAAAAUCAAACCGAUGUACAGGGGUUUGGAAUAUUACUUGCAACCGGUUCCUCAAGAAAACAAUGUAUCCGAAAUGGAUGAGUUUGGUACAGAGGAUAAACUUGGGUUUAUUAUGUUCGAGGGUGGAUUGGAGGGGAUAUCUAUCAAGAUAGUUAAAAAGUCUAAGUUUGAAUACACCGAAUCGAGUGUGAAUGCUUCCACAAACGUGCCUAGUGUCGAGUCAAUGAAGUCCAACGAGAAUUUAGAUUCUGCCGCUAAUACGCCUAAAACCAAUCAAGACACCUCAAAGUCAGCAACAAAAGACGGUACUACCCCGAAUUCCACCGAUAAAAAGAACCCGGAAGAAGAAAGUCGUACCAACGAGUUAGAGAAAGAUCCUAACCUAAAAGACAACGGAAAUAUAUCGUCGGGCGUUAUAGAACUUAAGACGGUGUGGUUCAAUUUUGCAGCGCCCCCUAGAGCACCGAUCACAAGAAAAAUCGAUUACACCAGAUUGGACUGGAACCUGUUGAGUACCGCUUCUCCUGCUAUCAAUGCCUGGAUGAACCCUAGCAAUCGUCUUGCGAUCCGGGUGGUACAUAUGGCGAGGACUUUGUACAAACGAUCGACGGUUGUCAUUGCCUGUCUUAUGGCGGAGGCUUUGGACGGACAACAUAUACACGAAGUACCGAAAGUACGUUUAAAAAACAUUUAAACGUACACUUUUAAUUUUUUUAUUUUUUUUAAUGUAUAGUCUCGCUACGGAAAGUUGACACCCUUAAGUCAAACCUUGCACGAGGACCCUAGUUUGCAGCUUUGCCAGAUUUUAAGGAAAUACUAUCUGGAAUGCGACCCGACGAAUAUAGAACUGAAUCUUAGAGAAAGCGAUUUGCCAACCCUGUUUACAUUGAGACAAGGUGUAAUUGUAUUGAGUCGACAGUGGAAGAACACCCUGUACACGCCUCUGAUGACGCAAAACACUCUAAAAUCUCGUUUGAAACCUGUCAAUGUUACUAUUGCCGUCCCCGAUAUACAGGAGGAGAGCUGUUUGACAGACGGCGAGGCGUCGGGCAACGAAGAGACCGACAUUACCGACGAGCACGCCAGGCUUCUACACGCAGGCAUCAUUUUGCGACCGAACGCACCGCAUAGAAACUUGGUUCCCUGUGUAACUACAGGUAAAGAUAUAAGUUCAGGGACGCAGGCGGCUCAAAAAAACGCCGGACUGUCCGAAACACAAGUGGCAGUAGUUUCCGGUGGGGUUGAGAGUGUUUUGGCCUCACCUAGUCCACCCGUGCCAGUCAGAAAGCGCAAAAAAAGUGUCGUUCCCUCUGUACAUCCCCCGUCCAAAGCCAGCGCGGUGUUGCCGCUCUUAACCGGCGCUAAUCCCUUUACGACUAAACGUGCGAUUGAUGAUAACAUUUGUUAUGGGACCCUUCAUGAGGAUACUGUCAUAAAUUUUGGAUCCGAUCCCAGCGAUGGAUGUAGCCAGUCCAGUCCUGAACUGCCUUCGAGCCCCACCCACAGGGCUAUUGGCCACGCCCAUUCCAGUGAGGAUUUGUAUAGCUGGAUGGCGAAACAAGACGCCGAGACCGACGUAAAGAAUUUAGAGGGUUGUUUAGAGAGUAAGGUAGAUACGUUACAUACCGAGUCCUCAGGAGACGUUGGAACAUUACCCAGGGAAAAUAUAAUAGACCAAGAAGCUUUGUUACAUCCCAUCCAAGAAUCCGUAAGAUUAUUGGACGCCAAUCAGAUAUUCCAGCCUCUUUUAUCCAGUCUAGGAGUCAUGCCACAACAAUUAAGAUUCACUACGAUGACAGAAUCCGGUGUAAGCAAUGACGUCACAACUCUGGAUGCUCUAGGGUCGAAUUUGUGUCUGGUUGGAAAUAUGGAAACGUUAAAAAUUGAUAUAGUCGUUUCGGAGCAUGGGAAAAUCGAGAAAAGGAAGGGAAAAAAUAAGGGAAAAAAGGGCCUUUUAAUAGGUAUGUUUUUUUUAAAUUCGUCUUUAAAAAUGUACUAAAAUAUGAGGUUUGUAGAGAUUAAUACGAACGAUGAAAUACCUGCCUUUGUUUGCGAAAAAGUUCUGGUCGAAUUGGAAAUCGACAGGAUAACUGACAUGGCUGUCAACGACUUGAUGAAAACUAAAAACGUCCUGUAUAUAUCUAGAGGGCAGUUAAAAAAUCACACGUCAACUGCCAUUAACUUUACUAUCGGUAUAAGAUACAUACACCAGAGGGUUAAUAUGCCUCUAUUGAGACUGUUGCAUCAAAUCAGCAACAUGUAUCAAAACGUUAAGGAUACGCAAAACGAAUUGAAGGAACAGCAGCCUGCUAUAGAGAUCAGAAGGCCGAAAACUAGCGCCAGUGAUCACAACGAUCAGAAGCAUCACAGUUCCACAUCGGACUUUUUACAACACGAUGCGGGUUCAAAUAUUAUCGAAUCCAAACCAUUAACGUUGAAAAUAUCAGACCCUGGAUCUUAUACUUCUCAAAAUAAGCCGGUUAUUUCGCCAAGUCCUAGUUUGAGGUCCAGACCUCAAAGUUUUGCGCAAAAAUUGAGGUCUACAGGUAAAAACGUGAAGGGUUACGUGAACCUAAAUGAAGGUUCGGGUACGCCGAUAUCGGUAAGUACCCCGACGGGUUCGGCGUUAGAAAGGAUAACCGUAUCGUCGGAUAAAAGUACCGGAAGAUGUUGGAAGACUAUCUAUUAUUUGUUGGAACUCUAUGCUAAUAUGCCCGAUACAAAAACUAUUAAACACAGAUUCUCGGUUGGUACUAACGAUAUAUCCGAACACUACAAGGGAAAUCGAAAGUACGACAUUCUGACCGAGAUGAAAUCAUCGGAGGAUAUCGAAAAACUGGAAAAUACACCUCCUCCCUACAAUUUACACAGAGAAACCAAUCAAACUGCCGUCAACGAGCAUACAAAGCUUAUAGUUUUCGGCGUUGCCAGAAUACACAGAACCAGACUUUUGGCAACGCUGUCCGGCUUGAAGCUCGAGGCGGAAAUCACCAGUUUGCACAGCAGUUUAACCGUGCGAAAAAAAUCGAUACCGCAGAUGAUGGAGUGUUCCCUAACUGGUCAGGUCGGUCGUACCAUGAUACUGCUUCUGGAAGGGGGUUCUUUGAAUCUACAAACCGUAGUCAAGGUAACUAUAGGAAAGUCUCAAGCCCUGUAUUCUUCUGUUAACAAACGCAAUAAGGAUAAAAACUCAGGACUGCUGACUAUCGGUGCGGUGAACAUUGAUAUUCCCCAACACCCUGUAGCUUUACACGGCAUGGUAACCAGAGGAAGUAAACAAUUGAGUUCUACGUUGCAAGAACUGAGAGUACCCAGAAGCCGAGUAUCUAGAGGUGCUCAAAACGAAGAAGAUCAACAAAAUUCACCUAAUCAUCCGUCAAGGGAUACGCCAUUGACUGGUCAAUUUACUCAACUUAAAGGAACUGUGGGGGAAAAGGGUUUACUUCAACCUCUAGUCAUGCAGUUUUCUGUAAUUUUACAGAGCUUAAGCAUCACCGCAGCACUGUUGCCAUCACUUCAAGCCCAGUACAAAAUGGACCAAGUAAAUAGUACCGGAUUUACAGGAAGCAAGGCGAAAUUUACCAUAGAUUUACCGCAUCACACUCUAAGUUUUACCACCAAGUUACCUCAGGGCUACAGCCAGACGGAAAAAAAAGAAGCUAACCUCCCUUCCGAAGCUAGCAUAGCUCUUCCGGCAGUGCACGUAAUGGCCGAGUAUAUACCGGAAACCGCAGCCAAUGGCUUAAGAAAUCCAGAGGGCGUGGUGUUUAAACAAGGUGGAUACCUCAACGCCAACGCAGACAUAGGCGUAUUCGAACAUAGCCUUACCACGGAUCUGUUAAAUCAUUUGGUGUUCGUACAAAAAGUUUUUAUGAGGGAGGUGAACGAAGUAGUACAAAAAGUAUACGGGGGAGAACGACCGGUACCAAUCUGGCUCGACGAUUCGGAAGAAUCUUCUUCUACGUUAAACAGACUGUUAUUUUCGCUGGUUAUCAAAAUACAGCGUAUUCAAUUAACGGCUACGACAGCUGGUAGCUCGGCUGUUAGAUUAGAAACAGGAGCGGUAGUUUUGGAACUGUCGAACCGAGUACAAAACGUGUCCGGAGCCAACCCUGGCGGUACAGCGUCUAGGCUGUUCGGUAAAGCUCAGGUAGACUUGAAUUUAUCUCUGGGUCAAAUUAUAAGGAACGCUGUGUUUGAAGAGGCGGAUAUCGAGUACCAGCACGUCGCCUUUUUUAAUACGCGCAUCGGUUUGAGAAACGCUUUCCAGGACGAAAUUAUCGAGGGCGAAGAUAAAGAGGUGGUCUUGAUCACCCUAAAAAGACCCUUAAUUUAUAUCCAACCGGUGGCCGUGGACAAAGCCAUUUUGGUGUGGCUGAACUACAAAAACGCCUACGAUUAUUGGACGGAAAAACGGGCCAAUCUGAACAGGGAAAUGAAGGAGGAAAAAUUCCAGUUCGGACAGAUCACCAGCCAGCUCGGCGCUCCUCAUUUGGGGACUUUAUUUUUGCAACUCACCGUAGAAGACAUGGGUAUAUGUCUGCCGUUGAAUCCUUUGCCUAUAUCAUGGAACGGUCGAUCUGGAUAUGAAGAGAGUAGGGGCGCUGUAGUAGUUACUCUGGAAAAUACCAGUAUUUCCGCCUGUAGUUCCGGUUCGUUGGUAAGUAAAGGCAAAUUCUCGAAUCUAUGUCUUCGUUUUGCCGAAGAUUUCGAAAAUUCUUUGGAUGACUGGAAACCGGAUAUGACAGAUGCUUCAAUCAUGAACUUAUGCGUGGUCAGCGACGGUACCUACGAAGUCUGUAGUCGUACUAUAACCUCGAAAGGCCCUAACGAUAACGCAAAAUGGCUACUAAAUGUGCAAUGGCAGAUGGAAGGGGUUGAUACACACCUUGAUAUAAAUGUGGGGAAACAGUUGUCAGCCUUAGGGCACACCCUUACUAUGUUAACUGGUGCAGAAGACACGGGCAUUCCGUUUGAUUAUGAUUCGGACGAGAACGAUCCCACAGACGGUACCAGAACUUCGCAAGAAAGUAUUUUGCCCUCGUUUAUGUUCGAUCCAUCUUUAGAUAAUCGAAGCAGAUCGAAAUUAAUCGAAAAAGAAAUGAACGAACAGGCGAAAAUUAUAACAGAUUUAAGAUCACUGGGGGCUUCCCAUGGCACUAUAGAGUUAGAAAUGAAGCGAUUACAAGAACUAGAAGCCAUGGUGUAUAAAGAUUUUCGAAGGGAUAUGAUCCAAAAACUGAGAAGGCAGAGUAUGAGAGCUUCUUCAAUAAAAGGAAAAUUUGGUUUGGGCUCUAAGAAUAGUACGUUUAGGUCGAAAUCUUUUGUGGUGCCCAGCCCUAUGCCAGAAGAUCAAGGAAGCCCGGGAAGUAUUAAGCUGGAUACGAAUAAUACUGGCAGUUUUGACAGUUCCCCCCGUUCCGGUCCGUCAAGAUCCGCAUCAUUGCGGGUAAAAACGACGGAAAAAGGGCCGCGUGUGACGUUUAGCGACACGCAAACUAUGAACAGGCAAAAAUCGUUACCCAGCGCUAGUUCCGAGAUCAGUUUACCCGAAACCCAAUUGGAUUGGAUAGAUCAAUUGGAUAUUGAUGGGGAAAAAGUGACUUUAAGAAAAAAACUACCCGCAUCGUAUGAAUCCGUCGAUGGCUCUCUUUUGGACAAUUUCGAGAUGGAUCAGGCCCUAAAUUCCAGUCCCAUCCAGACCAACGCGAAUUUCUCGCAAGGUACCGCCGGGCCUCAGAAGUGCCAGGAACCCACCGUGGACCUGGAACUGGACGUUAAAGUGAUUAUAAACAGUGGGAAAUGCGUGUUGCAUACCAAAGAUCAGUUGCGCGAAGACGAAAUAAAGUUUCGAAUGCGGAAGGACAGGUCUUCUUCGGCCGCCGGUUUGCUGGAAUAUUCCAGUUCGUCCAGUCCGGAUGCGGUGAGAAAGAACAAGGAAAAACUAACCUCACAAAGCAGCGCAUCGAAAUUGAGAAGUACUUUGCACAACACUCUCGUGGAUUUAACUAUAUUUCAUAUACCGGGGCUGGACGUGAAAUUACAGUACCAGUCGAAAGUGGUAAUGGAGGAUGACGAUAGUCAAAAUCAGACUCAAUCUGACUUCGAAAAAACCUUUUCCAGUACUUCUAGAACCUCAUAUAAUAACGAUUCUGAUCAAGAACGAAUAGAUCACGCGUUUAAACGCCAAGAGAGUCAAUCAGACUUAAAAUCGCACAGUCUCAAUAACUCGGACUUGAGAAGUUCAACAUCGAUGCACGGAAUAACCAAUCCUAAUUAUGGACAUUCACCAACCUCUAGUCUUAAUAACCUUCAGUUCGGUAACUAUACGCCGCCAAGUGGUGAUAAUUGUUUUAAAAGUUAUGCAACCGGCAAUACGUUUACCAGUUCGAAAAAGCAAGGCAUUAAAAAGGCGUCCCUGUUCGUUUGGAUGACUUUGCAAAGCGUACCGGAAGAGACGAUUAUCAGUCCUCAUAUUUUAGAGUUCUUGGAGCAAACGUUAGAGCCCAUACCCGCGAAAACUAUGAACACUACAGAUACUUCGUUUUUGUCUUCUGACCAGGAUAUAAACUACGGAAACUAUGUCUAUGCCAGUUUCCCUGUGGAUGUGAUCGUGUAUUUCCACAUGCAACCUAGUACAUUCAGGUUUAGUUGUAUCCCGGUAUCCAGGGUGGAAUGCUUGUUGCAAUUACCCUCUUUGGAUAUUGUUUUUAGUUCGAAAAGAGCCGAGGAUGAGUUUUUUACCAGUGAAUUUGGAGAUGGCACCCCAAACACAGCUGCUACAGCUGUAGGUGGUUUGAGCGUUACUGGUUGCCUAUCCGACUUCUCGGUAUACAUUUUCCAUCCCUAUGGUGGAAAAAAAUCGGCUUUAAAAGAGGCACAGUGGUCUCCGUUGUCUGAUAGCGAAAGAAAGGAUUCUCUGUCAAUCAACGUGGAAUUCGUAAAAUUCCACCUGUCUAGAUCUAGAAUGCUCAAUUUUAAACAGGAUAUCAAUAAGGGUUUGAAGAGUUCCGACCAAAGUAGGGCGGUAAUAAGGUUUUCCACUAUCAUAGAUAUUGGCUCAGCGUCAUUUAAGUACGAUAUGAGACGUUUGACUGAGAUUUUAGCUUUUCCUAAGGCCUGGUAUAGAAGAUCUAUAGUUCGUAGAAUGUUCCUUGGGGAUUUGAGCAUGUCAACGACUUACAGUGAGGAGGGUGAAGUUAUGGCCCAAAAAACGUCGCCGGGAACGUCAAGAAAUGACAGAAAUUCGACUACACCACUGCUGGGCGGCAAUAGAAACCGCCAGGACGAUUACAUGGCUCAAAAACAGAAUAAAAUGCGCGAAAUAGGUAAAACAUUUAGUACGGAUUCUACGGCGCAAGAUGACGCUCCAACACAGUUCGAUAACAAGACUGUGACAGCUUGGGAGACUUUGGUACUUUUCGCUGUCAAUUUUAAAAAACUGAACGUCCAUAUGAAUAUGGGAAACGUUAUGGGAAACGUUCUAUGGAUGACCAAGGAAUUUCGAAGCGAUGGUCGUCUAAGUAUUGGAUCCACUGGACACAAAAAUUUAUACAUAGCGUUCGGUUUGGGAGGGUCCAGUUUGGAUGCAAAGGGCGGGAUUGUUGGUGGAAACAUAGAGAUCGCUAAUAUCGAUACUUUUAUUCAUAUUCGAGAAGAACCGGAUGUAGAGCCUUAUCAUACCGUAGGUUUAAGACUGAGGGCUCUGGAAUUACGUCUGGACUACAUGGUAUCCUCUGUUUUAAUGUGUCGAGUUAGUGAUUUAAACGUCAAUUUACGAGAUGAAUGGAAAUUGAACAAACCCACUGGAAGAGAAUCGUUCAUGCCUACCAGAAGGCCAGCGAGUAUUUUUGUUCACGGAGUACUCAGCUGGGACCAGCUUCAAAUGAUGAUCUCCAAAUCGACUACAGUGGACUUGCUGAGGAUAUUUAACAAGCUUGAAGAAUUUUUCUCGCAGCAGUUCAACAGCAGCAAAAGGGCAUUUAGUGGAUUCUCCGGCGGUAGACCACCCCGAGUAGUACCGCAAAAAAGUCGGGAAUCACAGUUUCCAUCGUCACAGUCACAGGUACCGUUAAACCCGCCGUCGGACGCCAGGCAUCACCGUCACUGGCAGAAAGUGUUAAGCCACGUUGCCGGCUUGCAAUUGAGUACCAUGCACGUACCGCUACCCAAUUUCGGUACGGUGUUAGGAGGAACCAUGGAGCUUCACGGUAACAACGUUUCGUUGGCUUGUUUCCACGGCCUCAAUUUCAAGAGUAAAUCUUGGGCUUUGUUCAGUUUAAGGGAACCUUCUAUUAAUUUUAAUACGGAGAGUCAAGAAAUACCAUCCACCAGCGAAGAAGCGCCGGCCCAAGACGUGCACGUCGUCCAGACUUUGUUGUGCAGUCUCGGACUUCAUUCUUUGAGGCAUUUAUCUAUGGCUCAAGUCUGCAAAGUAACCAGUGCGUUAAUAUUUCCGCCACAGUUUAAAACCCUUCAAGAAUGGUUCCAUUACGCCUUCGCUAACAGCCAAAUCGACGAGGUCGAUAAAUUUCCGUCGUUGGAGAGAGAAAAAGAAGCGUCGAAUUCGAUCGAAAGAGCCAACAGGAGUAGCAGUGCACCUCCUAAGCUCGCCGAUCCGAAUCACACUAGAGAAGUUAUUUUUGCUCUACCCGGUAUGCAGAUCCAUCUAAAAACCGAGCAUCUCCAGUGCGCUAAGUUACCGGAUUUAAUUGGGGAAAAACCUAUUGUUGAGUGUAGUUUUAUUACAGAAUUCGAAGAUCACAUUUUCGUUACUGUUGAUGCAGAGGCGUUUUUCUUUUUACAUGAUCUUAUUACUUCGUAUCUACAGGAAAAAGAGAAAGUGCUGGGCAGUUUCGAUAAGCGUUUAAGUUCGGACAAUUCGGAGAGAUUGAAACCCACUUUGGGCGAAACUCCGAAAAAAGGAUCGAUAGAUGGCGACAUUUUCGCAAACGACUGGCGAAACUAUAACUGUAAAACUUGGCACCUCGAGCCCACGGUUCGUCUCCUUAGCGUGGCCGGAAAGUAUAUCGAACCCUAUGGUAUCGAUUAUAUCCUGCAAAAACUUGGAUUUUCGCAUGCACGUACCACCAUUCCUAAAUGGAUGCAAAGGGGCUUUAUGGAUCCACUGGACGCCAUUUUGGCGGUGCUGAUGCUCAGGAUGAUCCACGUGGUGAAGGGGGAUCAGUCGCAUAGAGAAGAGAAAAAACCCAUUGAACACAAAAAGUAGUUUUCUCCAUAUAAGUAUUGAAGAUAAUUAAAUAACCGUAUAGCAGUAUAUAGUGUUGAUAAAUCAUAAUAUACAGAGUGUUUUUGAUUGAAUAGGUGUCCGAUAUUUCGCAGGGUGAUUUUUUCACUUCAGCAAUCACCCAGGAAAAUAUCAGAAACGCUCUGUGCACAGAGCGUUUAAAAACCUUUUUUUUUGUGUUUGUUUUGAAACACCCUGUAUCUUGCCGUGCUAUUUUAUCGCAAGUAUAUUUGAAAUAAUUCUGAUCUUUUGCAGGUGAUUCUAAAUUUAGUAUUAAUUUAAAUUAUUCAAAAAAUUUGGUUGUGAGGCAAAACUUACUAUUACCGAGUUAAUUUUUAUAUAUGGUAUAAGGUGUAAAUAUCUUUUUUUGACAGUUUCAUUGUCAAUUUUAUAGAGAAUUUGUUACAAUAUUUUUGUUGUAUAGUUUCCUGUAAAUUUUGUUAUAUAUUGUUUAAAAAAAUGCAAUAUAGGUAUGUGUAU